CAAAUUACACAUAUUUGUAAAUAAUGUCUAAUAAAAGUGAUAUUGAGUUAAAAAACUUUUUCAUAUUCAAUUCUAAGCUUGGACCCAAAGAAGGGGAGGAACUGAAAAAAAUCAUUUAUUACUACCCACCAACAGAAAAUUCCGAACAACAAAUUAAAAAUGUUGGACUAGUGGAGGGUAUAAUACAAUUUACAGAAACAUUUAAACCUAGUUCAGGAGUUAAGUCCUUACAUACUAUGAAACAACGGCAGCUUUAUUUCCAGCCUGAAAAAAACUAUUGGAUGGUUAUGACUUUAACAGUUCCCACAGUUACAAAAGUAAAAGACAGUACAAACUCCAUAGAAUAUUUAGAAGAUGACAUUCAGGAUAAUGUUUAUGAGGCUGUGUUAAAACAAGCUUAUUUAAUGUACAGACUGUUUUGGGGCACAUUUAAACAUACAUUAGAAAAACAUGACUUUGCAAUAUUGAAGAGUAAGCUGGAAGUUUUCUACAGUGCAUAUCUUAAAACUAUGAAAUUGGCACACUCAGACAUACUAAACAUAUUUUCUGGAAUACAGUAUUUACCUUUAGACAUGCAAACAUUUCUUAAAGUGCAAAGUUUUAUUAAUAGUUUAGAAUGUAAUUUUAAAUAUAUUAUACAUUCAGCUUUCCUCUACAAUGAUCAUCUGAUUUGGAGUGGAGUUGAGCCAAAUGACAUGAAGACAAUUUAUCAAUAUCUUAUUGGAACAUUAUUGCCUGCUAAUAUGGAAGCUGAAUUGCAAGGUGGAUCAAUGCCAAGAAAUUGCAGCUCCCCAUUUGCAUCAUUGCACCAUGGCAGAUUUAUUACUGGUCCCAGCAAUUUAAAAAAUGCCAAAACUAUAGGAAAAGUGCCGAAAAUUUAUUUAUAUGGGGACAAAGGGUCCUCUAUCUAUCACUUGGUUGUUUACAGAGCCUUAAGUGCAUCUAUUUGUUUGUUUGUAAAGGGUGAUGAAGAACUAACUUUGAAUACAUUUAAAGAGUUGGAUGAGUUUAUUAGUCCUAAGUUAACUACUAUCGUUUCCGACAUUGCCGAAUAUUGUUCGAAGCAAGUUUUGACGCCCUCAAGUAUACCGGAAAAUUCUCCCAGGUUUAUUUAUUUUAACAAAUUGAAUUUGGCUUAUAAAAGCACGGCGCAUUUAGAUAAUAAACAGACCGGAAAUAUAGCGUGUACGAAGGAGUCGUUGAGAAUUAUGGCUGAUAUGAAUAGCAAAAAACAAUUAUUGGGGCAUUCUGGAGAAGUUAUUGUAAAAACUAUGAAUGAUUACUGGGUUGUUGGAAAAACAUUCAAUGCUAGGGAAUUUUAUAUUGCCAUUAAUCAGAAGAAUGUUAGUCUUAUUGACAUAAGUGAGGAAGUCAAGAAAAUUUGUGAUAAUGAGUUAAAAGGAAUAUUUUUCCAUCCUAUAUAAAAUAUGGAUAAUUUAAUAUCGAUAUUUAAACCAUCAAAUUCACGUUUUCGUGAAUGAAAAAUUGUACUUGUUUUAUAAGGUAAAUCUGAAUUGAUUAUGUAAUAACAUUAAUAACAUACAAGUAAAAUCCUAUUUAAUAAAAGAA